UUUACCCUCGAAAGGAACAAUUGGCAAGGAUACAGAGGAUUCAAGCAGGAUAUCGGUAGUGGGGAUCGGGCAGCGAUCGUUCCACAGUUAGAAUUCGAAGCGAACGGCAAACGGUCGGUCAGUCGUGUUGUCAGAAGUGUCAGAAGGAAGUGUCGCGGCGGUACAAGCGUUCGUCAGACCGUCGUCGCCGUCAGUCGCGAAAAGGAAGCGGAUCGGCUCGAUCCGUACGCGUCGUCGCGCAGUAAACUCUUGAUCGCAGUGUUUGUCGGCAUCGUGGUGUUCAUCUGUCAACUCGUCGACUCUUAUCUGCGAGCGGUCUGCCGAUGCGCCACGUGCGUGAUGGGCAUGAUGGGAAUGUUCAAGUGGCUCAGAAAGGAUAUCAUUCACAGAGAUCGAAAUUUGUGGAAUCCAGCACAAAAGCAGUGUGGCUUAAAUAACGAAUCUUACCGUAAUGCUUUGCAAGCAUUCAUAGAUCGUAGACGAUUUUCUGACGACGUGGAGACGGAAGCACCGACCAGCCCGGAUAAAAAAAGAGUCGAUCUUUUAACCAAAACUAAUAACAAUAAGUAUGACAAUGAACGUAAAUUGUAUGAACCGAUAUCUCUUAUACCGGGUGUGCCGCACAUACCGCCGUCAGAAAUUUUCGAAAUCGGAUGGGUAGCUGGUACAGAAGAUCGAUAUCUGGAAUUAAUUUUUGCCGAGUGGCAAAAUACUAGAGUUUCUCUGAAGAGGCAUUCGCAUCCAGAGUGCAGAGACGCUGUGAAAGCAGAUUUAGAUGUACUUUCAGAAAUACGUCAUCCAAAUGUGCUGCUAUUGAUGGCCAGUACUUACACAGACGACCAUGGUUUAGUGUCAAUUUUUGAAUCCAUUGAUUGUACCCUUUAUCAUUAUCUACAUGAUCAGGGUGAACGAAUAUCUAUACAAGGUAUCGCGAGAUGCGGAGGAAGACUAUCCGAUGCUUUAAGACAUUCUCACAUGCGCGGAUACGUGCAUACUGCCAUCAACUCGCAUUGCGUCUAUUUGGCUUCUAAUGGUAUCGUUAAACUCGGUGGAUGGGAAUUGGCGAUGCACGUCAAUAGCCCAAAACAGGACAGAGAAUACGAAGAACGUUUAAGAACUGAAAUUUUCCGUUGGCAAGCACCAGAACUUUUUCAUAGUUACGAGCCACGAAAAGAGAGCGAUAUAUAUGGACUAACUCUGUUGAUCUGGGAAAUGUGUACAAUGCGUGUACCAUGGAGCGGAUACAGCAAAGCAGACGUGGAAAGACAGUAUGUACAUUGGAAACGUGGUGUAGCUAUGGACUUGUAUGAUUUUCCACCAUUGCUGAACAACCUACUGGAAGCUGGACUACAAUUGGAUGCGAAUAAAAGAACAUUGGACAUGAACAGAAUGCGCAGAUUUCUUCAAAGAUUAGAGAUGCAAUACGAAGACGAGGAACCAGUGUACAUCGACCAGUACGCUAACAACAACAACGAUACUGGAAAGACUUUCGUUCUUCCCGUGACAAGAUCUCCCUCCGUGAUCUCUAGAAACAAGAGUUCAAAAGUAACUAGAAGUAUUUCAGCGAAAAUUCCGGAAUCACCGACAAAACAGUAUUUAUACCAAAAACGGUCGAAACAAAACGGAAACGUGAAAGCCACGACUCACAUCGAACAAGUAAACUUUUUUGGCGAAGAUGUUAAACCCAUCGCUAAGGAAAACCUACAGAAAAACAUGAAUAUGCUUUGUGCCACGCAAAAUAAUUAUAAGAAACAUAACUAUUCGAAUUGCAACUUAGAAGCUUCGGAUAUCGGUCCGAACGAUGAAGCUAACUCGGAGGAGACUUCUCAACCUUGGAGCAGCACUUACAAGAGGGUAAAAGGACCACAAGAAACGGUGGAAUCCAGGACCACGUCGGUGUACUCGUCACCGUUGUUGGAUUCCACUGAUGACGAGUCCUUCAAAGACGCGAGAACCAAUUUGAAACAGCUGAAGAAAGUAUUGGCGAACAGGAGGGAACAUUUCUUCUACGGCAGCGAUUCGUCGCACACCUCCGCGGAAACGAGUUUAAAUGACAAAAACAGAAUACUCGAUGAAACAAAAAGUAAAUCUUACGAACCACAUAAGCCAGCCAGCCAUAAAACUAGCUUCGAACCAAAAUACAAUAAAUGUCCCAAUCAAUACGACUCUACUUAUAUAAAAUCGUCUUCGCAACAAUGUCGAAAGACUCCUUACAUGCACACACCUGAAAGUAUUAAAGAUGCAAUAAUUCAACCAAAAGUAUUAAAUUCAGAUCCUCAAAGCUUUUUUGAAACUUCGUUAUGGAGGAAGGAGAAAUUAAUUUGUUUGUCCAAAAUGCGGAAAUCAUAUUCUGAUGAAUCACCACAAUAUCCUGCGCAACAUGCGGAUGAUAACGAAACAGUUUCAACCGAAACUUUUACCAUACCUAGAACGAGCGAAUCGAUUUUUUCAGUACAGGGCGACAAUACUUAUGUAGUAAAUAAUAAGCUAGAAGCCUCUACAACGGAAAACGACCAAGAAAAAUCGACGCAGAUUUCUGAGAAUGCAAGCGAUUCAGCCGAAAUUUCGAAUACUCACAAUCAGAUUGAAUCAUUGCAAGUUUUGAAAGAUGCGUUGGACCGUGCCACAAAAAUUGUACGCCCUGUUACUCCGAACACCGACGAUUCUUGUACAUCACUUCCAUUUAAAUCUUAUCAGGAGUUUGAAGUCGAAGUGGACAAUGGCCAAACAUGCAAGUCUAUGUUUGAAGAGUUGUACGAUUUACAUACGAACAAAGACAAUGAAGAAAUUAAAAUCAUUGAAAGAUCAACAACGAACAACGUAUCAUUUUUGUUAAAUGAGAAUAUUUUCAGCAGUAACAUAGACAGUAACGUAGAUCAAAACAAAUCUGAAAACGAAAUCACUGUCAAUAUUAUUAGUCACGAGAAACCAAGUUAUUCCUAUGAUGCAUCGUACGGUAGAAGUUUCAUCUGCGAAUCAAUUGCUGAAGUGUCAAGCGAGUUUAAUAGCUCGUGCAAUGAUAUAAAGUCGAGUAAACUAACAGAAUCUUCGAACGAUCAAAUAACCAAUGUUGAAGAAGAUAAUUCCUUAGAGACUGUGCAAUCAACCGCGGUCACGAUCGAUAUCAGUGAUGUUGAUGCUCAGAUAGAAAUAAAGGAAAACGAGAAGAAAUCAACGGAGAAUUUUGAUUUGAUGUUCUUAAAUGAUACUCCAAAAAACAAAAAUUGUAAGUCGUGUCAUCGAAAUGCUUUACCAAGGAGACGUUCUUUACCAGCAGCGUUGAGUCAAUUGAGAUCAAUGAAUAACUCGGCUUUAGGGAAAUUACCUAUACGCAGAGGGGAUGUUCCUGAUAAUACUAUUGAAGAUUUAUAUAUAGAUGAUGAAUUUGGCGACAGUUUAAACGUAAACAUGGUUUUAUUAGACGAAGAUUUAUCGGUUGACGAAGAUUUCUUACUUAAGAUGACAGAGCUAUAAAAUACUAUGGAAUAAUAAUUAUGGUUUACCUUAUUUGAAGUAUUGCUAAUAAUUUAUUAAAUUUCAUACAUAAACAUAAAGUUCCAAUUAUAGUUGGAAUAAUCAAUACUAAAGAUCAAAAGCAUA